AUGACCCACAUCUCCGCGGCUGACCUCGACCGCGUGCUCGUCAAGUCGAGGCAACAAGACCAGCUCGGCCGCAAGAUUGCGUCUGCCAUAGAACUCAUCGAGAGCGUAAUCGACGACCUAGGCGAAGCAGCCGUUGCUCUGUCGUUUAACGGCGGCAAGGACUGCACCGUCCUGCUCCACCUGUUCGCUGCCGUCCUCUACUCUCGGCACUCGGGAGCUCCCCGCUCGUCGCACAGGUCCUCGCUGUCGCCCUUCCCCAUCUCUGGCCAGACGUCCCCGACGUCUACCAGCUCUGCCUGCCCCACCCCAUCCAACCCGCUCUCCCGGUCGUACCUCGACCUGCCCGCCGCGCCGCCGCCUCCCCUCCCAGCGACCGUCCACGCCGCCGCCGAGGCGCGGCACAGCGCCACGCACCACACCCCCGUAGACAAGAACCACAAGGCGCCAUACCCGCUCAUCCGCAGCGUGUAUUUCACGGCUCCCAACCCGUUCCCAGAUCUCGAAGAGUUUGUGAUUGACGAGGCAACCACAUAUGCCCUCGACCUGUACCGCUUUGGCGGGGGCAUGAAGGCCGCCCUGUCAGAGUAUCUCCGGUGCAACGGCGGCAAGAACAUCAAGGCAAUUCUGCUGGGCACGCGCCAAGGAGACCCGAAUGGAAACGUCGCGGCACUCGCGCCGACAGACCCUAGCUGGCCACAGGUCCUCCGCGUCCACCCCGUCCUGGACUGGUCGUAUGAUGAUGUCUGGGACUUUCUCCGGCAACUCGAUGUGCCAUACUGCCACCUGUACGACGAGGGAUACACCUCCCUGGGAUCCACAAACAACACCAUCCCCAACCCCGUGUUGAGAAGGGACGACGGAGGUUAUGAGCCGGCAUGGAAACUCGACGACCCAUCGCUGGAACGCGCAGGACGGAACAAGGGCUCGUCAGCAUAG